AAACUAGUGUACUCUUGGAGUAUACUAUGCUUCAGGUACUCCUAGUGAGAUAUCUCUAUAUAGACCAUGAAUUAAAUAGACUUUGAGGUAUGAUACUAUACCAUAACAUCUAAUGGAUAAACCCAUGCCGCGAUUCUCUAAACUCAAACACGAAGUUCAAUUUAAUAGAAAAUAAUAAUUUACCGUUGAGAUUGGGCGGAGCUAAUCAAAGUACAUCUAACGAUCAAAUCACCUGGAGUAUACCAGCCAUUACCUUAAAAAAAAUAUAAUCAAAAUCAAUUAUAAUAAUAAAAUGACAACAAUAGAAUUGCUAAAUCGCUACCAAUUUAUGUAGUAGUGCCAAUGUUUGGCCCGACUUUUAGAAGUGCUUUUCAGCUUCAAAAGCUGAAGUAGGGCCAAACACCUCUAAAAGCUUGGCUUUUGAAAAGUCGAAAAACGCUUUUGUGUAACAUAAAAGCAGAAGCUCCGAUUUAGAGCUUCUGCGAAAAGCUGUUUUGAAAAUACAAGAUUAUCCUUACCAUAUUUUAAUUUUAUUUCACAAAAUAUAAUUUUAUUACAUUUAUAUAAUUUUAAAAAUAAAAUAAAUUGUAAAAUUAUAAAGAAGGCCAUUCGUAAGCUUAUCACUGCCAAUGGAGAAGAAAUCACGGAUAUCGGUGAGAUUUCAGAGGAAGUGGUAUGUUUUUACAAAAGAUUAUUCGGGGUCAAUGAUCCACUUGUCAACCCCGAUCGCAGUCGGUUAGAGUCGCUUGUAAACAACAGGUUGGGUGCUCAAGAAGUCUCUUUUCUUACUAGUCUGGUCACAAAGGAAGAGAUUAAGGCUAUUGUACUUCAUAUGAACCCCCACAAGGCCCCUAGCCCGGAUGGGUUUUCAGCAGGCUUCUACAGGAAAGCGUGACCAAUUAUUCGUGCUGAUAUACUUGCAGGAGUGCUGGAUUUAUUCUCAUCUGGUAGAUUACCAGGUAGUGUUAAUGUCACAAUUGUCUCUCUAUUACCUAAAAUCCCUUCGACAUAUGCUCUUAAAGACUUUAGGCCAAUUUAUUGCAUAAACAUCUUGUAUAAGAUUAUUGCUAAGGUGUUGGCUAACCAUUUGAAGAAAUUCCUUCCUAAGAUCAUUAGUGGUAAUCAGUCAGCAUUCAUUGAGGGUAGAAGGAUAGUGGACAAUAUUUUAAUGGCGCAGGAGUUACUAGUUAGUUAGUGGUUAUCACAGAAAGCAUUUGUCUUCUCGCUGUGCUAUCAAAGUGGACCUCAUGAAAACUUUUGAUUCGGUUAAUUGGACUUAUUUGUUUAUGAUGAUAGAUAUUAUGGGGUUUCCAGCCUGUUUUCUCAACUGGAUUAAAUUAACAGUUAAGACAGCAAAGUUUAGUAUUAGCAUUAAUGGUGGUCUGUGUGGAUAUUUUGGUGCACAAAAGGGGGUUAGGCAGGGUGAUCCACUUUCACCCUACCUUUUUACCAUUGCGAUGGAAGGGCUUUCUCUGUUAUUAAAUGAAUCUGCUACCAUUGGACGAUUGCCUUAUCACCCGCAGUGCAGAAAAGUGAAGCUUACUCAUCUGAGUUUUGCUGAUGAUCUUCUGAUUUUUACUGAGGGGUCAAGGACUGCCAUCUCUAGGGUGCAGGAGACAAUCUCUGAUUUCUAUUCUUUGUCCGGCCUAAAAUGUAACCCUGCAAAAUGCGAGGUUUAUUUUGGGGGGAUGUCUGUGCUGUUUAAGAGCAGGGCAAUCCAAGUUUCUGGAUUUCAGGAGGGCGAACUCCCAGUGAGGUAUUUGGGCUUGCCAUUGAUAUCUGGAAAGCUUUCUACUUUGGAAUCUGAGAAAUUAGUAGCCAAAAUUACUCAAAAGAUAAAGUCUUGGAGGGCAAAGCGACUCAGCUAUGCUGGCCUACUUCAGUUAGUCUCUUCAGUGUUGAUGGGGGUCCUGCAGUACUGGAUGCAAGUUUUUCUGUUCCCUAAAAAAGUGUUGAAGCAGGUACAGAAGAUAUGCUCGUGUUUUUUGUGGCAUGGAGAGGAGGGAAGAGCUAAAAUUGGCUGGGAUAGAAUGGUGCGUCCUAAAAAAAAGGGAGGCUUGGGUUUAAAGGAGCUCUGUUCCUGGAACCAGGCUUGCAUCGCUCGCAUGCUGUGGCUCCUCCUGAUGCAGAGUUGGACGAUUUGGGUGGCUUGGAUACAGACCUACAGGAUCAAACAAGGUAGUAUCUAGACAAUAAGGUCCAGUUCCAGUGGCUCCUGGGCUUGAAGACGAAUUUUAAAGACUCGGAGUGUGCUUCAACAAUUUUUUCAUGUUCUGGGAGGAACAGUCUUCUGGAACCACCUUCCUAUGACCCGGUUCGGUUUAGGUGUGGUUUGGGACACAAUUAGGCCAAAAUGGUCUGGUGUGGAGUGGUAUAAACUUGUGUGGGGGCAUGGUUUCAUACCUACGAAUAGCUUUCUCUCUUGGACUAUUCUUUUGGAUGGUAUAGUCACAUCUGACAAACUGCUGAAAUGGGGUAAAGCUGUGGAUGGUGCUUGUGUGUUGUGUAAACAGGGACAGGAGUCUAGGGAGCAUUUAUUUUUUCAAUGUUCGUAUGCAAGAGGGGUUAUGGUGGGCUUAUGUCGUCUUGAUUUUUACAGGACAUCUUGGUCGGCCACUGUGGUUGCAGCUUGUGGUUUGUGUAAACAGAGGAAUGGUUAUAUUGCAGGGUGAUUUGGUGCUUCUUGGUGGCUUCCAUCUGGAAGGAGAGAUGCAGAAGCAUGGGGAGCCUCCAAGGUCAGCUGCUGAAUUGCAGGGGUUGAUCAAGAGCGAUUUAUUGACAGUAGGUGCAGCUAGGUGUAUCCUUGAGGAACUAGUGUGUUUAGGCAUCUCUUGAUGCUUUGUUUUUUCUGGGAUUGGUUUUGAGUCUUUGAUGUGGGUUUGUAAUAGCAGUAGUCAAGACUAGAAGUAGUGAUUAGUUGAGGGUUUUGAGGCUCUUUGGGUAUUGAUAUACCCAUUUCGUUGUAUCUGUUCCUAGCAUCUUGCUAGUUUUGGUUAAUAAGAUGGGGGCAACUGAUUAAACAAAAAAAAAGUAUAACAAGAUCCAUUUUGACUACAUUUUAUUGUUUAUAAUUAUUAUUUAUAAUUUAGAUUAUAAGUCCUUUAUAGUCAUUUUACACAACCUCUCAUAUUAAAAAACACUUCUAAUAGUUUUUGCAGCCAAACACUUAACUGCUUUUUUUGAAAAGUACUUCUCUAAAAGUUCAAGCCAGAAGCUGCUUCUGCAAAAGCUACAACAGGGCCAAACUGAGCCAAUAACUUUUCAACACUAAUUUUUCACAUCUGAAUACGAGAGAGAUAUUUACAUAUAUCUAUUUUAUUGAAUUUAGUUUCCUGAAAUACUGAUCAAACUAUUCAUUACUUUCCACAAUUAUAUUUAACUUAAAUGUAAUAAAUGGUGAUUUGAGUCGAUGGAAUCAGUAUCUCGUACCAAAUUCAAAAUAUUUUUAUAUUCAGAUUGGUAUCAUCAAAUACGAAAUUGAUUAUUUUUGUAAUUAAUAAAUAAAUAAUGGUUUUGACUUGUUCCUGCAAUUUGAAAUUACUUUUAUUAACAAUGACUCGUUUCUUUUGCUUCACAAUACAAGUUCAAGUUACCUUCACAUUUUUAACUUUUCGGAACACUGAAGCACAACAAAGAAAGGGUCUGUAAUAUAACAAUGAUAGCCCAUGUUGGACAUGUCAAGUUUGUUUCUUGAUAAAAGGUAUGUUUGUUAUCAUUCCAAUUAGUUUAUAUUGAAUAUUGUAUGUGUUCUUUUACACUCUGUUUGGGAAGAGGGGUAAAUAGGAGGAGGGUGCAAAUGUGAGGGGUAAACAUAGUUUCUAACACAUUUGCACAUGUUUAGUUAAUUUGGAACAGUAGGGGGGUGCAAAACGGGGGUGCAAAUUUACUGUUUCGGCUUACCCCCGAAUUGGGGUGCAAGGGAAGGAAGGAAGAGAGGGGGAGGGGGGAAUUAUGGAAUUUUAUUUUUCUAAUUGUGUUAUAUAUAAUUAUAUAAUAAUUAAUAUUAUCAAUUUCUUCUUUUUAUAAAUAUCAUUAAUGUAA